CUUGCGAAAAAACGUCGUUCAUUGAAAACGUUACAUAUUUGUGAGAUUAUUGUCGAGGAGAUACGCUCGUACAUUUAAUUGUGUGAAUAUUUGUGUAAAGACAGAUAUGGUUUUAACAUGUAUCUGUCCUUCAAUGGCGUAAAUUGUUAAUCCUUAGUCCACAGAAGUAACCUGCUUAAAAUGGCGAUUCAAAACAAGAGCAUCAUGACGACCACUCUGAGAACCACCGUGUUCACUACGACUAAAAAGUACAACGUUACCAUUGCUAACAACGGAACACCAUUUUCUGGGCCCAUUGAUGAUAUCAGUAACGACGUGUACGAUUUCGGCACCAUGCACGAUUGGGAACCAAUCAAAGAGCUGGAAAAGGUCUUUGACGACGUUAAUAUUACAGGCGCCUUUGUUUUGUCCAUUAUUGGCAUCGGAAUAUUUCUAACCAUCGCCGACAAAAGGCUUCGCGAAAUACCUCAGAUGUGGCAUCUGUUUCAAAUUAUGUUGCUUACGGUUCUGAUGGGAAUUAUUUUGCACCCGUUGGGACAUUUUAGAACGAUCUUAUAUGACAACGGUCUGUGUGAAUUCGUUAUGUACACAGCAGAAUACAUAAGUUUUGCGUCGCCCUUGCUGAUGGUGGUAUUCCACGUGGAGGUUCUUUUCGCAAAAGUGAUCCCGCUCUCUCGUUGGCAGACCCGUGAAUUCUCGAGAUUUUUUAUUCUCAGUCUUAUAUCUUGGCUCUGCACCAGCCUCCUUGUGGCCCAUGUUGUUCUUACUUUCAACACUAAGGAGAUGUUCUGUUUGCACAUCCAGAGCGAAGCCGUGUGGAGCACGAUGUUCGCACUACGAGAGGUUUUGCCGAUGGCCAUAUGCGCUUUGUGUAACAUGGUGAUGAUCGCUGUCAGUUGCUUGAAGACGUUUAGACGAAACUUGCGAACUGAAUCGUCCGGACUGCACCAGGUACGAUUCGAAGAUACAGGCGACGUUUCAGAGUGGAUGAGAAGUUGUUUGGUCCUUAAUGUCAUUUUACUCGUACGCGUUGUCGCCUUAGUUGUCAUUCUGAAACAGACACGCCCGAUCACACUGGAUAAAUAUAGGGUGGUACUUUUGCUUCACGUUUUCCACGCACAGUCAUUCUACAUCGUGCCGAUUUGCGCACUUUUUUUAUCCGGAGUACGCCGUAGCAUAGCGGACGUGUUUUUGAAGAUUGUUGGCGUCUUUCGCGUUUCCAAGGGAGAUGAUUCAUUGGCAGUCAGCUUUGCUAACAUCUCUCAAACUGCGUAGUACCUUGAAUACAUUCAUACAGUAUGAGUACUGCAGUUUCAGAUUCGCUUUGCUGAUACGAAUUGUUUGUUAUACAAUUUGCAUACUGUUCAGAGCAAAAUGUGUUACAAUUUAUGAAAUAAUUGUAAUAAACUAUUUGAGACAAACAUAAUACUCGGUCUAAUUUAAACGAUUUUACAAAUAUUUGUUUGGCUGAAUGCGCAUUGUUUUUCAUUUUAGGCACAUGCUGUCUUUGUCUAAGAGAAUGUGCAGACAUCGUUUCUAAAUUUACUUAGGAAUGACAUAAUAUUGUGUAAUUUUAUGGCUGAAUAUUUAAAACUGCAUGUACAUGGAAUCAAUUUUAAUAUCUUCAUCUUAAAUUACAUUUGGCCGUGGAUGUAAUACAUAUUAUGCAGUUUUGGUAAACGUCGAACAUUUUUUAGGAUAACGUAUUGUAUUUUAUUGUGUACAGUAUUUCACGAGUACACAUACGCCAUUUGUCUCGAUCGAAUUUGUGAGAGUAAAGCCGUAGUAUCUGCAGUACAUCUCUGUAUUUUUGUUUGUAGUUAGGUUUGUUUAAUUUCCUCUGAUUUGUUUUGUGUGCAUGUUUUUUAUGUUAGUGGAGCGGGACUUAAAUUAUGUUAUUUUGUACAUUGGUUUAUGGUUUGCUCUUAACAAGUCGGAAGGAGGGAUUAAGACACAUUUUGCUGAUAUUGCAAUGUAUUGUAGCAUUACUCAUAAGGCAUGUGUAUGCUUGAUAAAUUUGACGAAUUUUUCUGCAUAUCGAUAGUGGAAAAAAGAUAUUUGGCAUUUGACGCGACUAAUUAAGAUUAUUGAUUAAUUUAAAUUGUAAGCAGGCUGUGCCAAUUUUGAUAUAUUAUUUUUAAUUUUGUUGAUUGAGUAUUAUUGAUUCUGUAACAUGUUAGCAAUUAUUGGUGUCAAUCGUGUAUAAUGUACAUGUUUACUGUUUAACUUGUUUAAUUAAACAAACAAAU